AUGGUUAACAUGUACGGGAAAGUCAUGAAAAUCGAGACUGACAAGCCAGUGCAGGUUAUGUUCUUUGAACGUUCCGCUUGCAGCGACGACGGUGGCGAAAAUCCGGGUGAACACGGGGACCCCGCAAUGUGUUUAGCCAUACCCACAGCAUUGUUUUAUGACAUGUACAUUUUCAGCACACCCAAUACUAAACAGGUUAAACCAGAGAACUAUGCGACCAUCGUCAUUGAGGAACCCAACAAGGAAAUCCUUCAAUUUGACGAUCAGAAAUUUCCCAGCGAUGAGAGCGUUGUCUGGAAACCAGUCAUGGGCAUGGACGAGUGGGUGGUUGGGUCGAUAAAAACUAAGCCAGGGACCCAUGUGCUCCAGGGUACCCGAAUGUUCUACUUCGGUUGCUACCUGUACGGCUACCACCAGUUCUAUGGCUACAUGCACCCCGGGGGAUUCAUGUCUUCACCAAUCGAUGACAUUGAAAAUUGUGAAAACACGCAAAAAUCUAGUUCACGGGGAGACCUCAUUGAUAAUGAUUGCGAUGGUCGUGUUGACGAGGAGUUGUACGAUGGGUACGAUAACGACCAUGAUGGCGCUGUUGACGAGGAUUUAGCAAAGCCUGACAGAGUUAAUGGUGGAUGGGCUGAAUGGCGUGCCUGGGGCUGUACCCAGAAUUGUUCUGUAACUGAUGAAGAACGUUUCAGACGUUGCACCAACCCCCGACCGGUCAACUUUGGGGCGAACUGCCCGGGUUUUAACAGGCAGCCCCGUAAAGGAAAGUGCUGGAUCAAGACGAGGUGCCCCACAACAUGCCCUAAACUGAGAUUUGGAUUCGAAUGCGCCAAGUCUUGCGCCAACUGUUUCCCCGACUGCAACAAGUUCAACGGCACGUGCAAUGGCACGUGUGUCAAAGGUUAUCAGGAUCUGGAAGAGAUUUGUUUGAUUCCCUGUAACUCUGGCUGGUAUGGUGAAAACUGCGAAGAAAGUUGUGAAGAAAAAUGUGGGGGAGAUUGUGCUGAAACAGUGGAAGGAACUUGUCCGCCUCGAUACUGGCUGGUUGCCUUGGGUGUUUUGACGAUAUUUGCGAUCGUGGGCGGCUCAAUAUACUGGUGGCAACAGAGGGAGCCCUCACAAAAAUUUGUACACGGGGAAGACAAUAGGAGUUACGUGGCGCAUUCAGGGUCGUCGGCGUUUACAUUCGCCUAA